AUGCCAUCAGACAUCAGAUUGAACCCCCUGAACCCUUACCCGGAUCUCCCCAUCUCGGUCCUGGCGUUCCAAGGACCGUUCCUCCCCAGCGCCUACGCGAAUCUCUCCCAUUAUCAUCUGAAUGUUUCCCUUGGAGUCAGGAUGCGGGGGACGGUGCAGGAAGACUUCUUAACCGAAUAUUACGGGACCCUGGAGAACGAAACCACCAUCGUUAAGGAGGAUCAGCUGUCAAUUUCGAUUCCGCCUGCAUUCGCGAUCGGACUCGCACCCGACAUGGAAGUCUUUUACUCCUUCGACCGGACUCCACUCCUUUUCUGUGGGAGCAAGUGUGAGGCUGUGAUAGUGGUGGAGACGGACUUGAACGCCCCCUUUCCCAUCUCCAUCUCGGCCACUGGGGUGUCUGGAAACAUCCGCAAUGGUGUCAUUUACGGUGCAAUCAUUCUUCUCGUCUUGUAUAUUCUCAUCACCUUCGAGGCUAGUCAUUUAGGAGGUUUCCUGGCGCAAAUUUUAUAUAAAAUAGUGUACAGUAUGUGGACGAUCCGACCGACACUUCCGGAAAUAGUAUCGUGGCUGGACAUGGAGACCCUGGCUCUCCUCUUCGGCAUGAUGAUCAUGGUAGCGAUCUUGAGCGAGUCCGGAUUGUUCGAUUGGAUCGCCGUCCUCGCCUACCAGGUUGGGAUCCCUCAUCCCGGGAGCAAAUCUCAUUUCCUGUCUCAUCACAUUGCCCACGGACGGAGGUGGUACCUUCUCACUUACUUGUUCUUCUUCACUGCCAUCAUAUCCGCAUUUCUGGACAAUGUCACCACGGUCCUUUUACUCACUCCAGUCACUAUCAGAUUGUGCGAGGUGAGCGACCUGGACCCCGUGCCAGUGUUGAUCCUCAUGGUACUCUUCUCGAACAUCGGAGGAUCGGGUACUGCCAUUGGAGACCCGCCGAACGUCCUCAUCGUCUCCGACUCGACCGUGAACAAGAAGGGAAUCGACUUUGCGAAUUUCACCCUUCACAUGAGCUUGGGGAUCGUGAUAGUGUUUGUGGUGGUGUACCUGUUCAUUCGGAUCCGGUUUCGGAGUAUUUCUUCACUCACUCAUUCUGAGAGCCCCCACGUUGCAGACUUGCGAGGCGAGAUCGCGGUGUGGGAGAAGGCAGCCCGAGGCUUCUCUACCCUCUCGCGGCAGGAACUGGUCGUCCGCCGGAUGCUAAUGAGAAAGGUUCAGCACCUCAGGAAACAGCUGGAUGAACGCAUCGCCACUAACAAUAGGGAUACGCUAGAUGAUCGCUUCAGAGAGACCCUGGAGGAGCUGAAAACAAAAUACGUGAUCCGAGACAAGGUUCUGUUGAUCAAGUCCAUGGUCGUCCUCGUGAUCGUCCUCAUCCUCUUCUGUCUCCAACCGGUGGAGUCUUUACACUUGAGCCUGGGCUGGGUGGCUGUGUUGGGUGCGGUGACUCUUCUCGCCCUGGCGGAUAAGGAUUCCAAUGUGGAACACAUCAUCUCGAGGGUGGAAUGGAGCACCCUCCUCUUCUUCGCCGCUCUCUUCGUUGUCAUGGAGGCGAUGAAUCGACUCGGGCUUUUGAUGUGGUUGGGUGGUCUGGUGGAGUCGUGGAUCGGGAGCCUGCCACCGUCCGCCAGGCUCCCCGUCGCCAUCAUUCUCAUCUUGUGGAGUUCCGCCAUUUCUUCCGCCAUCAUUGACAACAUCCCCUUAACGGCUAUGAUGCUGCGGAUCGUGGUGGAGUCUUUACACUUGAGCCUGGGCUGGGUGGCUGUGUUGGGUGCGGUGACUCUUCUCGCCCUGGCGGAUAAGGAUUCCAAUGUGGAACACAUCAUCUCGAGGGUGGAAUGGAGCACCCUCCUCUUCUUCGCCGCUCUCUUCGUUGUCAUGGAGGCGAUGAAUCGACUCGGGCUUUUGAUGUGGUUGGGUGGUCUGGUGGAGUCGUGGAUCGGGAGCCUGCCACCGUCCGCCAGGCUCCCCGUCGCCAUCAUUCUCAUCUUGUGGAGUUCCGCCAUUUCUUCCGCCAUCAUUGACAACAUCCCCUUAACGGCUAUGAUGCUGCGGAUCGUGGUGGAGUCUUUACACUUGAGCCUGGGCUGGGUGGCUGUGUUGGGUGCGGUGACUCUUCUCGCCCUGGCGGAUAAGGAUUCCAAUGUGGAACACAUCAUCUCGAGGGUGGAAUGGAGCACCCUCCUCUUCUUCGCCGCUCUCUUCGUUGUCAUGGAGGCGAUGAAUCGACUCGGGCUUUUGAUGUGGUUGGGUGGUCUGGUGGAGUCGUGGAUCGGGAGCCUGCCACCGUCCGCCAGGCUCCCCGUCGCCAUCAUUCUCAUCUUGUGGACAAGGCGGUAA